AUGCAGGUAAUUUCCACUCUACUACUAGCUCCGAAACUUGUUCUCCUCGUUUUGUGGUGUUUACCAAACUCUCCAAGAACAAAGCUCUCGGUUCCGUCCGCUGCAGUGGCAAUGACCAGCACUCUGGCGUUGCUACUGCUAUCACUCUAUGAGCACACACGUUCACCGAGGCCUUCCAGUUUGAUUUGCCUUUAUUUGCUAGUGAGUAUAAUAUUUGAAAUUGCAGAAGUCCGGACUUUGUGGCUGUUAUAUCCUUCAAGCUAUCCACUCGCAGCGACAGCCACUAUUACACUCAUAACCCGAUCCCUGUUGCUCGUGUUGGAGACGAAUCCAAAAGGCAAAAAUCUUAGCCCACAAUGCGGUCAUGUUUCACCAGAAAAUUCAACCGGAAUCUUCAGUCACGGCACCUAUUGGUGGCUCAAUCGGUUCUUUAUGAGUGGCUUCCGAGGCAACCUAUCCCUCAAUGAUCUCUAUCCCCUAGAUGAAGAACUUUCUUCCAAGUCUACAACCUCCUGGUACCAUCAGCAGUGGGAAAACAACGAAGCGAAACGCACGCAACGGCUCGCACUUUUCCGGGACGUGGUCUAUAACUUGAAGUGGACAGUAGCAGCAGCAAUUGCUCCUCGCCUUUGUUUGAUUGGGUUCAAGUUCGCCCAGCCCUUUCUUAUUAACGACCUUAUUGACUACGUUUCCAAGAACGGCUCUAGUGAGUUAUCUGGGGUCAAAUAUGGAUUCAUCGGCACGACGAUGCUAGUCUAUGUUGGGAUAGCAGCAAGCACUGCUCUCUACAAGCGUCAAGCUAUCCGCAUGGUCACUAUGACUCGUGGGUCCUUAGUUACAAUGAUAUAUGCAAAGACCCUACACCAAGCUCCGGAUAGAGGCCAAGAGGCUAGUCCGACUACGCUGAUGAGCACCGAUAUCGAUCGGAUUGUCACCGGGCUAUUAAACUCCCAUGAGCUCUGGGCAUCCCCAGUAGAGAUUGUGAUUGCGCUGGUACUUCUGGGUAAAUCCAUUGGAUACCCUUCGGUGGCUGCUCUAGGUGUUGCUUUAGUGAGCGUACUAGGAUCGUCCUAUCUCGCCCCUCAAAUGCGCCAAAAGCAAAAGACUUGGGUACAUGCUGUUCAGGAGAGAAGCUGGAUCAAAAUGUUCGGUAUUGAAUCAGACGUGGCAUUCAAGACAAACGGUCUUCGUGAGUUGGAACUACAUCAAUCAAAGCCCUACCGAUCAAUGAUUGUCGGUGUCAAUGUUUUGAGUGCGUUGUCGACUGCCAUCGCCCCUGCCCUAACAAUAGCCGUGUACGCCACUACACAGCUGAACCUCAGGCUAGAGACACCCAGCACUGAUGUUGCCUUCACAACUCUGUCCUUAAUUCCUCUUUUGACAAACCCGGUAGUACUAUUAUCUGUCUCCUUGACUAGAUUCACAUCCACUAUUGGCUGUUUUGAUCGGAUUCAAGAAUUUCUUUGCAAGAAAAACCGAGUACAUGGGCUCUCAUCUGUUGAUGAAUACUUGCUGCCUGAGGACGUGUCAGGGAUGGAACUCGAAUCAGUGCCGACUCAGUCACAACCUCUUGUCUGCAUGACUGAUUGCUGCUUUAGCCUGGGCUUAGAGGCUCCAGCAAUACUCCAUGGACUAACGUUGAAGAUCCAAAAUGGUUCUUUUUUGGCUGUGACUGGCCCUCUUGGCUCUGGCAAGUCAUCUUUACUCAAAGCAAUGCUGUGUGAAAUGCAUUCUACGGAAGGAAUAUUGUCUGUUCGUUCGGUCAGAAAGGCGUAUUGCCAGCAAGCUCCAUGGAUAUUCAAUGGCACACUAAGAACUAACAUCAUCGGAGAAUCACCACUUGACGAAACGUGGCUCAAAGAGGUGGUAUAUGUCUGUAACCUGGAUUUUGAAAUCACAAGUCUUUCUCUUGGACUUGACACAGUGACUGGGAGCUCAGGAGCUCAACUUAGUGGAGGACAGAAGCAGCGAGUGGCUUUGGCUAGAGCAAUUUACGCAAGACCAUUUUUGCUGAUUUUAGAUGACAUCUUUGGCGCCUUGGACACAGUGACAUCAAGGCUAAUUUUCCAGCGACUCCUCGGUCGUGCUGGCUUGGUCAGGAGGCUGGGUAUCGCAACCAUUCUUGUGACAACAGCUGUGGAACACCUCAAAGAAGCCGAUAAUUUGAUUGUUCUUUCAAAGGACGGUCGCAUGGAAUUUCAAGGGCUUUUCGAAGAACUGGCGAAGAAGAAUCAGUACAUACAGAGUCUUUCGUGUUCCCCAAGUCCGGAAGACAGUGAAGUCGAAGAAGAGAGCAAGGACAGUAACUCCCAGGUGGGGGAAAUACGAGAAGCGAAGAAAGAAACCAGACAAACGACUAAAAGAAAGACCGUUUCCAAAAUCUCCAGGGGUGAUGGGGACAUCUCACUCUACACCUACUACAUUAAUUCGUUUGGUUGGUGGGCAUUUGGGCUAACGCUGGCAUUCGCAAUUGUAUACGUGUUUUGUAUUGCAUUUCCGCAGACAUUGUUACUAAACCACAUCGCAGAGGUCAUGCUUAGCUGGUGGUGUGACUCAGCUCCUCCAAAAAAUUAUAUUUAUCUUGGUUCCUAUGUCGGCAUUUCUUCCAUCGCCAUUAUCGCGAUUGGGGCUUUUAUCGGGUCGGCUGUUAAGCUGCAUAAGGUCUUCUUGGGCACAAUAAUGAGACAUGUCUCUUCUCGACAUGCAGCUUCCUGUUGCUUUUGGCAUAACUCUCCAGAGUGCGAAGCUUCCUUCCUCAGCAUUCACAAAUCGUUAAAUGCUGACUUUUAUCGAGUAGGCUUUUUGACUUGUAUUGCACAAGGGGCCUUGAUCGCUACUGGAUCGGGCUACAUGUCUGUCAUAAUACCCUUCUGCAUCGUUGCAGUAUGGAUAAUCCAGGCUUUCUACUUGCGUACUUCACGACAGAUCAGACUUCUCGAUCUAGAAGCAAAGGCUCCUCUGUAUACCCACUUCAUAGAAACGACAGAGGGCCUAACUACUGUGCGUGCACUUCAUUGGCAACGUCAAUUUGCAGAUCGGAAUGCCGAGCUCCUCGACAAGUCCCAGAAACCAUUUUACACCAUGUAUUCCAUUCAGCAGUGGUUGCAGGUUGUUUUGGAUCUACUUGUUGCGGGCCUUGCCACCGUUCUUGUUUCCCUAGCUGUUUUUGUGACAAAGCAAAGUAGCUCUGGGGCCGUCGGCGUUGCCCUUGUGAACUUACUUUCAUUCACCUCAACGUUGACAUUGUUGAUUACCAAUUGGACACAGCUUGAGACUUCUCUAGGCGCAAUUGCAAGGGUCAAGCAAUUUGUGACUGAUCCACAGCUAAAACCUAUUGCCAGAAGAGAGAUGGCUUGUCUUGAGGACUGGCCUUCGGAAGGUCGAAUGGAAUUUCGAAGGGUUUCUGCUUCAUAUGGAUUGCUCUUAGGGGGGCAUGAUUCCGCUCCAGUUGUGCGGGAUAUCUCAUUUACACUGGAAGGUGGGCAGAAACUUGGCAUUUGUGGGAGAACUGGAAGUGGGAAGAGUUCUUUACUUGCUUGCAUCUUCUCUCUCGCGACGAUCACGUCUGGCAAAAUCUACAUUGACGGCAUCGACAUCUCAACCGUUCCUAAAGAGAAGCUUCAUUCUGCAUUGGUCCCAAUAUCUCAAAAUCCCCUGAUUCUUCCCGGUUCUGUUCGCGAAAAUAUUUCCUUGGGAAUAUCAUCAACGAUUGAUGACUCGGAGAUGAUUUCUGCCCUGGAGGGAGUCGGGCUUUGGAAUCAGAUCCGCGACAAUGGUGGCCUGACUGCGAACAUUGAUUCAACCCAUCUGUCAAAUGGGCAAAACCAGAUCUUCUGCAUUGCCCGUGCUAUUUUAUCACCUGGUAGAAUUGUCAUCAUGGAUGAGCCUACGGGCGGGUUUGAUGAACAUACCGAGAAAUUAGCCACAGAGCUUCUUCGUGAACGGCUGAAAGGACGCACUAUCAUUUCGAUUGCUCAUCAAAUCAAUACUGUGAUGGACUCGGACUUGGUGAUGGUUGUAGAUCAAGGUACAGUAUCUGAAAUUGGAGAACCGCGAGAGCUUUUGAGUAGGAAGGGCAUGUUUUGGCAGUUGUUCUGGGCAUAA